AUGAAGCUGCACCAUCUUGACAAGGCCCUACUCGGCGAAGCAUCGGGAUGGAUUACUGCAAAGAUGAUCCAGGAGAAUAACUUCCAGCAGACCUGGAAGCAGCUUCAAGACCAGUUCGAAAAUCCUCGUGUGAUCGUUGACACCCAUCUGGCGGGUCUCUUGGAGCUGAAGCCGAUUGCGAAGAGGAACCACAAAGACCUGUUGGAGCUGCUCAAGGCGGUCAACCGGCACAUCGGAGGACUAGAGUACCAAGGCGUAAAGGUUGACGCGAUGUCUGGUCUCUUGCUGACAAAGAUCGUCACGGCCCGACUGGAUGACCAGACACUUCAGCUGUGGGAGAGGACCCAGGAGCACGGUAAGCUGCCUGACUUCGACAAGACAAUGCAAUUCCUGCAGAACGAGUGUCAGGUGUUGGAGCGAUUGCAGAACCGUCAACACCAAGCAUCUACAACGAAGGAAGGAAGCUUCAGGCCAUCCAACACGAAGUCUACAAGCCAGAAAGUGCACGCUGCAACCCCGACGAGCAAACCCCAGCGUUGUCUUCUGUGUAACGAGGAUCAUCGCCACUUCGAGUGCCCUACGUUCAACAAGUGGACCACCGCGCAACGUACAGAGAAGAUAAAGGAGUUGAACCUAUGCUUCAACUGCCUAAGUCCAGGACAUCGAUCCACCAAGUGCCCAUCCAGGAAGACUUGUGCGGAGUGCCAGCGAAGGCACCACACGCUUCUGCAUGAGAUCCCGAGGCCAUCACCAGAGAAGCUCGCUCAACCGGUACAGCAGGCAAGCACAGCUCCAGGGAACCAACCGGCGUCGCCAUCGCAGUUACCUUCUCGAUCAUCGUCAAACACGGCUGUUCCGAACAACCAACCGUUGGAGCAGAAGACGGUGAUGCUCAUGACAGCUCUGGUGAAUUUGCGAGACCUCUGCAACAGGAAGGUACCCUGUCGUGUGCUUCUGGAUUCUGGAUCGCAGAUGAGCUUUAUUUCACGGAGUAUGGCAGAUCGUCUAGCGGUACACCGGGCUCCAACGCUUGUACCAAUUACGGGAGUAGGUGCAACCAGGACUUGCGCUCAUGAGAAGUUGACAGUGGCAGUCGAAUCCAGGUACACUGACUUCUCAACGAUGGUCGAAUGCUUGGUGAUUCCCAAGGUGACAGGAGUCAUCCCCACGACCCAGCUGGAUAUCUCGGAGUGGCCGAUUCCGACAUCUGUGUUUCUGGCUGAUCCCGAGUUUAAUACGCCUGGCCAAAUCGAUAUGCUGCUUGGCGUAUCCCAUUUCCUCCGACUGCUCAAAUUGGGAAGAAUCCAGCUGCGAGAGGACUUGCCCGACCUCCAGGAGACGCAAUUUGGAUGGGUGGUCGCUGGUGACGUCGAGGAAGAACAGCACGAUCAGCAGUGCUACGUAUCCACAGCCAGCACACUCUCCGAGACCAUGAAAAGGUUUUGGGAAGUCGAAGAAGUCAACGAUGCUGAUCAACCUACGGACCAGGAGGAAUGCGAAAAGAAGUUUCUGGAUACCCUCUAUCGAGACGUGGACGGCAGAUAUGUUGUGUCGCUGCCUUUCCGAGAAAAUCCUCCCCAGCUGAAGGACAACCGAGAGUUAGCCCUGCGUCGCUUCUUUUCCCUCGAAAGGCGGAUGAAGAAGGAUCCUGCUCUCAAACUCCAGUACAGCAAGUUCAUCGACGACUACGAAGCCCUGGGACACUGCCGAGAGAUCAUCGAGGAUUGCGAUGCACCGAGUCAACCCCGAUACUACAUGCCCCAUCAUGUGGUACUUCGUCCAUCGAGCUCCAGUACAAAGCUUCGUGUGGUGUUCGAUGCAUCAGCCAAGGCUUCGCCAUCUGACGUUGCUCUCAAUCAAGCUCUUCUGGUGGGAGCAACAGUGCAGAACGACAUCUUCGUGAUCCUCGUUCGCUUCCGGAAGCACUUCGUUGUGUUCACGGCUGAUAUUUCGAAGAUGUAUCGGCAGAUCAAGGUAGUUCCAGCCCAUUCGUGCUUCCAAAGGAUCUUCUGGCGAGAUGAUCCUGCGCAACCUCUUCGGGUACUGGAGUUGACAACGGUGACGUUUGGAACAGCGUGCGCCCCAUUCCUCGCGACAAGGUGUUUGUUGCAGCUGAGUAUCGACGAGGCCGACUUCUUCCCCAUCGCUGCGAACAUCAUCCGAGAAGAUUGCUACGUCGACGACAUCUUAUCUGGAGCUGAUACCGUAGCCGAAGCCAUCGAAUGCCAGACCCAGCUUAUUGGAAUGCUGAAAUCCGCUGGGUUCCCUGUCCAUAAGUGGAGCUCCAACUCUCCGAAGCUACUUGAAUGCAUCCCUGAAUCAGAUCGUGAGGAGUUGGUGAAUCUGACUGACGGCUGCGAAGGAGUCAUGAAAACUCUAGGUUUGACCUGGAGUCCGCAGCGGGAUGAGUUUGCAUUCGUCGCUAACCAUCUUGCUAACGAAUCCAAACCACCGACCAAGCGAUCUGUCCUUUCCGAAAUCAGCAAGCUGUUUGAUCCGAUUGGUCUUCUGUCCCCGGUAAUCAUUAUCGCCAAACUCAUCAUGCAGAGGAUUUGGCUAGCAGGAGUUCCGUGGGAUGCGAAACUGGAAGGCGACUUGUUACAAGAAUGGUUGCAAUUUCGAACUUCUCUUCAGCAAGUAAGUAGCAUCACAAUUCCUCGGUGUGUCGUAACACCGAACUACAUCGCUGUUGAGGUGCAUGGCUUCUCGGAUGCAUCGAAACUGGCAUAUGGAGCAGCGGUGUAUCUGCGCAGCAUUUUCCCUGACGGAUCCGCAAGUCUAAGCUUGCUGUGCAGCAAAUCGAAGGUGGCUCCUACAAAGCAAGUUACCAUUCCCCGUAUGGAGCUGCUGGGAGCGUUUCUCCUGGCUCGACUGGUUUCCAAGGUCCUCGGAUCGCUCGACUUGAAGGUGGACAAUACCAUUCUCUGGACGGACAGCCAGAUAGUCCUCGCUUGGCUGAAGAAACCACUGACAUCCCUUCAAGUGUUCGUCCGGAAUCGUAUCGGGAAAAUACAUGAGCUCGCCGGCCCGCUGAGUGCGCAAUGGAAGUACAUCUCAACGAAAGAAAAUCCGGCAGACAUCGUGUCACGAGGACAACUACCAGAAGCAUUGCGUACCAACUAUCUGUGGUGGACGGGACCCAAGUUUCUGCAGAGUGUAGAGUACGAGGCGGAAAUCCCAGCAGAUCUGCCUGACGAUGUCAUCCCGGAGAUUAGAGCAACACCGAUCAUCGCAGCGUUGGCCAUCAACCAAGAUGAGCUGCCUUCAUCGUCCAACGAUUCCAGAGUUACGAGAGUCUCUGGAAAUCAUCAUGAGACGCUAGCGGAUGAAAUUCAUCGCAUGAAAGCCAACGAGCCGUGCAAGCGGAUCUACGCGCUGCAUCCCAUCUACUGCAACGGAGUUCUACUAGUCGGAGGGAGACUUCAGCAUUCGAACCUUCCAUUCGCCAGCAAACAUCAGUUCGUGUUACCAAAGCAUCCGAUCACCGAUCUCAUCAUCAAGGCCUACCACGAGGAGCUAAUGCACAUCGGUCCCUCUGGUCUACUGGCGGCCCUUCGUUUGAAGUUUUGGCUGUUAGACGGACGAUCAUCCGUACAGAAGAUUACGAGAUCCUGCGUACACUGUUUUCGUUCCAGACCAAAGGGUUCCAGCCAACUAAUGGGAAGCCUGCCGUCCUGCCGAGUGACCCAAGCAAAUGGACUGGCAUAG